AUGUCUCCCAAGCCCCUAGUUACGCACAUGUACACUGCAGAUCCAUCUGCCCAUGUCUUCAAUAACAAAAUCUACAUCUAUCCCUCCCACGACCGUGAGACGGACAUCAAAUUCAACGACAAUGGCGAUCAAUACGACAUGACAGACUACCACGUCUUCUCAAUGGACUUCCCCGACGGACCCGUAACAGACCACGGCGUUGUCCUCACAGCCAAAGAUGUGCCAUGGGUCUCCAAGCAAAUGUGGGCCCCAGACGCAGCUGAGAAAAACGGUAAAUACUACAUGUAUUUCCCUGCCCGCGACACAAAGGGCAUCUUCCGUAUCGGCGUGGCUGUUUCUUCUACCCCGGAAGGACCAUUUGUUCCCGAGCCUUCAUAUAUCCCCGGCAGCUACAGUAUCGAUCCCGCAUCAUUUGUAGACACAGACGGCAAGGCAUAUCUAUAUUUCGGAGGAAUCUGGGGUGGCCAAUUGCAGUGCUGGUCAGCUGGUACUGCAGAAAGCUCAGAGCACGAUGUCAACGGGUUGAUAUUCGAUGAGUCGAAGUCUGGACCGCAGGAACCAAAGGGUGAAGGUGUGGUUGCUCUUUCACCACGCGUUGGGCAGUUAUCGGAUGAUAUGCUUUCGUUCGUUGCGCCGCCUGUGGAUCUGCAGAUUUUGGCGCCUGAGUCGGGAAAGCCUGUUGCGGCGGAUGAUCAUGAGAGACGAUUCUUUGAGGCGGCGUGGAUGCAUAAGCAUAAUGGGACCUACUAUUUCUCUUAUUCGACUGGUGAUACGCAUUGUUUGGUUUAUGCUAUUGGGUCUUCGCCUUUGGGUCCGUUUACGUAUCAAGGACGUAUUCUUGAGCCUGUGCUUGGGUGGACGACGCAUCAUUCUAUUGUCGAGUUUCGAGAGAAGUGGUAUUUGUUUUAUCAUGAUUGUGAGUUGUCUGAUGGGGUGGAUCAUUUGAGAUCUGUUAAGAUGAGAGAGAUUGUUCAUGAUGAAGAGGGGAAGAUUAGUUUGGCUUCAACUUUGGAAGAAUAG